UCAAGCUAAAGCUAAAGCUAGCAGCAGCACGCAACCAGUCAGUAGCUCGCUGUUAACUCUAAUGAACAACGAAAAGAGCAAAGCUACAACGAGAAAACUUAUGGAGUUCAUGGCGUUGGAUGACCAGCCGUUUUCAGUCGUUGAAGACCAAGGUUUCAGAAACCUGAUGCAGCACCUUAGCCCACGAUAUAACAUGCCGAGCCGGAGAUACUUUUCGGAAACUGCAUUACCGGAGUUGUUCGCCGAAGUUUCAAAACACACUCGUAACCUGCUGGAAGCAAGUGCAAAGACCCUCAGCUUCACAACCGACAUCUGGACUUCUGAUGUAAGUUUGAUGUCCAUGUUGAGUCUUACAGCACAGUGGAUAGAUGAGCAAUUCGAACGCCUCAAGUUCUUUUACAUUGCAAAGAAAUGCCGGGGUCUCACACUGCUGCUAACUUAGCGACAGAGUUUCAGGCGAUGUUGGAUCACUGGGAAAUUAACCACGAGAGAGUCCACGUUGUUUUACGGGACAAUGCUCGUAACAUGGCCAAAGCACUGGAUGAUGCCAACUUAAAAAGUUUGCCAUGCUUGGCACACACGCUGCAACUCGUUGUAAAUGAGGGGCAAUUAGCCCAGCGUAGUAUUGCAGAUGUCGUAGCAACGGGAAGGAAACUUAUCGGUCAUUUUAAACAUUCACCGCUUGCCUAUUCCCGACUCUACGAUAUACAGGCACAGCUCAAUCAGCCAAAAAAACGACUACAACAGGAUGUUUCAACAAGGUGGAACAGCACGGUCUACAUGUUGCAGUCGCUGUUGGAGCAGAGACGCGCUAUUUGCGUGUAUGCAGCUGAGAAUGACUUACCAGCCACACUCACCGCACACCAGUGGGAACUAAUGGACAAUGUGCUUACCAUCCUCGCACCUUUUGAGGAACUCACAAAGGAAAUAAGCUCAUCAACAGCUACAGCAGCAGACGUUAUCCCAGCCAUCACCGCACUCAAACGGCUUUUGGAGAAGCCAGCCAGCACAGACCGGGGUGUGGGCACAGCUAAAGCUACACUGCUGGAGGCUGUUGUGAGGAGAUUCAACAACAUCGAACAGGAGCCCCUGUACAGCUUGGCCACAGUUCUUGAUCCUAGAUACAAGAACCGCUACUUCUCAGCAGAGGUGAAGGAUGAGGUGAAACUGCUCCUUUUGGCCAAACUUGAAAAGUUGCAACCCAGAUGCACAGCUGUUGAUGAGAAACCCGUGGCAGGAACAUCCACUGGAUUAGAGACUGGUGACAGUGAUGCACCGUCAGGUAAAAGGUGUAGUUUACUGUUUGAAGUGCACAAUGAAAUUCUGAAGGAGAACACUGAGAAGGAGCAACAACUGGCAAACCAGUCUGCCCUGCAGGUUCAGAGCUACCUAUCUGAGGUUCCCAUCGACAGAAGCCAGGACCCAUUGGCCUACUGGAAGCUCAAUAAAAAUCGUUUCCCUCAUCUUGCUCUUCUUGCCCAAGUCUAUCUCUCAGCUCCAUGGACUAGCAUUGAAAGUGAACGUCUAUUUAGCUUGGCCGGACAUGUAGUGGAUGAGAAAAGAAGUCGCAUGUCUGGUGACAAAGCAGAAAAGCUUUUGUUCAUCAAGAAAAACCUGCCACUAAUGAACAAGUAACUUCAUUAGGUUUGCACUAAUCUGUGCCAUGUUAACUUUUAUUUUCUACCUGUUGAUUUUAAAAGAAUGUUACACUUGUUGCAAUUUUUUUCUUUUCAGGUAUUGCACUUUUAAGCUUGUAAGCUCAGGUUCAGUUUACAUUGUUUGAACAUUUAAAGUAGUCAAAGCUACUGCACCUAAAGUGUUGUUUUCAUUAUGCACUUCAAGAGAACUCAGGAGGUAGGACA